UGUUCGUAAAGUAAUAGCGGUAUUUCUUCAGUUCGUUAUUGGACAUUAUUAAUUCACGGAUAUAAACGUUGUCAUAUAAAACUGAAACGGCUGAUGUUAAUACUGAAAAUGAAAAUUAGUUCACUAUUUGUGACAUUUUUGUUGUUGCAAUUUUGCAAAACACAAAACAAUAAUGGUCCAGUGGAGUACAACGUGGACAUGGAGGUGUUCUCAGGACGAUCCAAUCCCACGUGGAGGGUGAACACCCGCAGCCCGGUGUACGACCGUCUAUCCAGGAUGCUCAGUCGGGUUCGACCCACCAGAAUGAAGGACAAGCUUGGCUACCGAGGUUUUGUGAUUGAGGCGCGUGACGCGCUCGGAAACCGCCGCAAAACGACGGUGGGGGCCGGAAGUAGCCCCGCCCUGGAGAUGUUGCUACUCAACUCCUCGCCAUACCCGCUAGAGGGCGCCGUGAAGCAGACGGUCAUGGACGCAAUUAGACGUACGAACCAACAGAUAUUUCCGGUCUCGCUUGCAAUCGGUAAUUUCAAUGUCAAUGACGACGAUGCACUUCCGGUUUGCCGUCCGCCGACUUAUAACCCGACGCUCUGGAAUCGUCAACCUACUGUUCGCCUAAACAACUGUUACAACUACGCCACCCAGCGGCGAACAAACACGUUCGCGCAACCAGGACGCGCUACCGGACGGCAAUAUUCCCGACCCAUUGAGGCCAGAAAUGUUUUCUACGCCACAAUACGGGACGGAUUCAUUCCCGUUCCAUUCUUUCGACCCCGGACUUGCGUGAUUGCACUGGCGGUGUGGCCCGGCGUUGACUAUCACUUCUACAGGCUGGAUAGCAACCGGCUCUGGUCUCACAAGCCCGGUCGAACUAAUGCGAGAAACACGGAUAACAGCGGCCAGCUAAUCGUGGACCCGCGUAUUGCCGAUAGGGGGGAAUAUGUCGUCUUUGCUGGCUAUCUGCUCAACCAACCUGCCGCCAGAGUGACCUAGGCACUUUCUGA